GUGGAUCAAAUUCUGCGACUCAUCAAGUGGUGAAAAUGGCUGCACUCACUGAGUAUGGUCGACACUGUGGUCAAUGGAUAGGCAUUAUAUUCAUUGUGGUGGUGGUUUUCGUACCGUCUGCCACGGCGCUUAUCGAGGGACUGUAUUGUGGCACCCAGAUUUGUUACGAUGUUCUUGGAGUAUCGAGGGAAGCGGUUAAAUCGGACAUAGCCCGGGCUUACAGACAGAUAGCCAGAAAGUAUCACCCGGACAGAUUCUCAAGUCUUGCAGGCGAGACAAGAGAAAGUGCUCAUCAAAAAUUUCUGCUCAUUGCGACUGCAUAUGAAACGUUGAAGGAUGAGGACUCCCGUAGAGACUAUGACUACAUGCUGGACCACCCUGAAGAGUACUACAGCCACUACUACACCUACUACAGGAGACGACUGGCACCUAAAGUGGACGUACGGAUUGUCAUUCUGGUCACUGUGGUCGCUAUAUCCAUCUUCCAGUACUACAGUUGGUGGGCCAGCUACACUGAAGCCAUCAUCUACCUAUCAACGGUCCCCAAGUACCGUAUCCAGGCGACAGAGAUAGCCAAGCAGCUGGGUCUCCUGAACAAGACAAAAGAGAAGGGCAAGAACCGUCGGUCCAAAGAGGAGAUCCGGGAACAGGAAGAAGAGGUCAUCCGUGACAUCAUCAAGAACAAGAUCGACAUCAAGGGAGGCUACCAGAAGCCUAAAAUCUUGGACAUCCUGCUCUGUCAGAUUGUCCUGUUCCCUUACUGCCUGUGUGCCUAUGUGGUCUGGUACUGUAAGUGGAUCUACAGGUUCACCAUCUGCAGAGAGGAGUACGGAGACGAGGAGAAGCUCUACAUCAUCAGGAGGAACAUGAAGAUGUCUCAGUCUCAGUUCGACAGUCUGGAGGCGGAGCAGAGAGACACCUUACUGGAGAGGCAGCUCUGGAUCAAAGACAACUAUGAGGUAUACAAGGAAGAACAGGAGGAAGAGAUGAAGACGAAGAUGGCCCUGGAUCCCAGGUGGAAGAGGUACCGACGGUGGAUGAAGAAUGAAGGACCUGGACGGCUCACUUUUAUUGACGAUUGACAACAUGCCGAUCGACAAUCACACCUGACUUGUGGCAAUACUUACAGAUACACACUGUGUUAUACAGGGCACUCGGAAAGUAUUCAGACCCCUUGACUUUUUCCACAUUUUGUUAUGUUACAGCCUCAUUCUAAAAUUGAUGGAAUAAAUUAUUUAUUAAAUCUACACACAAUACCCCAUAUUGACAAAGUAAAAACUGAUUUUGUUUGUAUUUUUUGGCAGCCAGCUCUAGGAAUGGUCUUCUUCUAUUUAAGAAUGAUGGAGGCCACUGUGUUCUUGGGGACCUUCAAUGCUGCAGAAAUGUUUUGGUACCCUUCCCCAGAUCUGUGCCUCGAUACAAUCCUGCCGUAUUAUUAUUUUUUUAAACAUUUACGUAAGAAUUCAGACCCUUUACUCAGUACUUUGUUGAAGCACAUUUGGCAGCGAUUACAGCCUCAAGUCUUCUUGGGUAUGACGCUACAAGCUUGGCACCCCUGUAUUUGGGGAGUUUCUCCCAUUCUUCUCUGCAGAUCCUCUCAAGCUCUGUCAGGUUGGAUGGGGAGCAUCGCUGUACAGCUAUUUUCAGGUCUCCAGAGAUGUUCAAUUGGGUUCAAGUCCGGGCUCUGGCUGGUCUUCUCAAGGACAUUCAGAGGCUUGUCCUGAAGCCACUCCUGCGUUGUCUUGUCUGUGUGCUUAGGGUCGUUGUCCUGUUGGAAGGUGAACCUUCGCCCCCAGUCUGAGGUCCUGAGUGCUCUGAGUGCUCCUGACUAGUCUCCCAGUCCCUGCCGCUGAUAAACAUCCCCACAGCAUGAUGCUGCUACCACCAUGCUUCACCGUAGGGAUGGUGCCAGGUUUCCUCCAGACGUGACGCUUGGCAUUCAGGCCAAAGAGUUCAAUCUUGGUUUCAUCAGACCAGAGAAUCUUGUUUCUCAUGGUCAGAGUCCUUUAGGUGCCUUUUGGCAAACUCCAAGCAGGCUGUCAUGUGCCUUUUUACUGAGGAGUGACUUCCAUCUGACCACUCUACCAUAACGGCCUGAUUAGUGGGGUGCUGCAGAGAUGGUUGUCCUUCUGGAAGGUUCUCCCAUCUCCACAGAGGAACUCUGGAGCUCUGUCAGAGUGACCAUUGGGUUCCUGGUCACCUCCCUGACCAAGGCCCUUCUCCCCCGAUUGCUCAGUUUGGCCAGGCGGACAGCUCUAGGAAGAGUCUUGGUGGUUCCAGACUUUUUUCCAUUUUAAGAAUGAUGGAGGCCACUGUGUUCUUGGGGACCUUCAAUGCUGCAGAAAUGUGUUGCUACCCUUCCCCAGAUCUGUGCCUCAACACAAUCCUGUCUCGGAGCUCUGUGGACAAUUCAUUUGACCUCAUGGCUUGGUUUCUGCUCUGACAUGCACUGUCAACUGUGGGACCUUUAUAUAGACAGGUGUGCGCCUUUCCAAAUCAUGUCCAAUUAAUUUGAUUUACCACAGGUGGACUCCAAUCAAGUUGUAGAAACAUCUCAAGGAUGAUCAAUGGAAACAGGAUGCACCUGAGCUCACUUUUGAGUCUCAUAGCAAAGGGUCUGAAUACUUAUGUAAAUAAGGUACUUCUGGUUUGUAUUUUUACUACAUUUGCAAAAAUGUCUAAACACUGUGUAGAUUGAGGAAAUAAAAGUAAUUCAAAACA